AUGUCUGCCUCGCCGACCAUCGCCGCCUCUACAAAGCGCCCGCUUGAAGAGCCUUCUUCCCCCGCUGGCCCUAACGACCAGCCUGACGCGAAGCGCCCUGCCCUGGACAAGCUGGUGAAGGACGCUACCAACUCCGACGACUUUGAGACAGCGCAGCCCGUAAAAGGCGACGGCGUGGCUACAGAAGACACCAAGGGGGAAGACGCCAAGCCAUCAGACGAGCCUGAUGAAGUCGCUGCUCAGAAUGGCGAUGAGCACGCCCAAACAGACACGGUCGUUCCUGACGCCCCUGCUAUCUUGGAGACACAGCCCAUCCAGUCCACCGCUGGCGCCAACGGACGUCCCAGCAAUGGGAACCAGCAAGUUGAUGAGUCAAACUGGCUGCAUUUGCGAGCCUGCAUCGGCACCAGCGAGGCUGCGACGAUCAUCGGCAAGGGUGGAGAGAACGUGACUCAGAUUCGCCGUCUCUCAGGCGCCAAGUGCACAGUCAGCGAUUAUUCGCGAGGCGCUGUCGAACGUAUCCUGACUGUGAGCGGCCAGGUUGACGCGGUCUCCAAGGCCUUCGGUUUGAUUGUGCGCACGCUGAACCAGGAAGAUCUCGAGAACCCUUCCACCUCCACCUCCAAAGCCUACCCCAUGCGCCUGCUCAUUCCCCACAUCCUCAUUGGCUCCAUCAUCGGUAAGGCUGGUGUUCGCAUUCGUGAGAUCCAGGAGGCCUCCAACGCAAAGCUCAACGCCUCUGACACACUCCUGCCCAACUCUGGUGAGCGAUCAUUGGUCAUUCUUGGUGUCGCCGACGCUGUGCACAUUGCUGUGUACUAUGUUGCGCAGACCCUAGUGGAGCAGCUGACAGAGCGUUUCGGUGGCCCUGCCGCUUCUCAAUACGCGACACGCAGCGGUAUGGCUGCCAACGUCGUCCCUGGAGGCAUGUCUGUCCAACCCUACGUACCUCAGCCAGCUGGAGGCCAAUACUCGCAGCCUCACCCGAACAAUUUCCGUCGCCCAGAGCCCCAGCGCACUCCUCAGCAUGGAUAUGGUGCACCUCACAUGCAGGGUCAGCCACCUCAACAGGCACCAUACGGGCACCCCAACAUGCCCUACGGCGCUGGCUCACCUGGUCGCGCCCACUACGGCGGCCCAGCACAGCCUGCUCCCUACGCCGGUCAUCACGGUGCAGCACCCGUUGCACACGGUGGCGCGCCCAACCAGCCACCAGUCCAGAUGCCAGGACAACCCCUCACACAGCAGAUCUUCAUCCCGAACGACAUGGUCGGUGCUAUCAUCGGCAAGGGUGGUGCAAAGAUCAAUGAGAUUCGCCAGCUCAGUGGCAGUGUCAUCAAGAUCAAUGAGCCCACCGAUAACAGCAACGAGCGCUUGGUCACGAUCACAGGAACACAGGAGUGCAACCAGAUGGCACUCUAUAUGCUGUACUCGCGACUCGGUCAGUCCCCCACCUGA